UCUUACUUCGCGGUCGGCACGAGGAUUACCGAUCACGGCCGAGUCAUGUCGAGCUGCGCGUUCAGGGUGCACUAUGGCGGCCGUGGCGAAGUUUCCGCCGUCUGCGUGAAGAAGCGUGAUUUCGCGUCGUCGGGAUACGAGGUGCUCGGGAUUCGCGAUCGGUGUUUCGCGCGCGCGCCCGCGGCCGUCGGUCCGUGAGCCGCGGAGAGUUAAUCCCGCGCGUUAAAACGACCGACUCGUCUACGCGUUCCGCGACGACACUCGUCGGAGCGGCCCCGAUGCGGGUCGCGCGCGCUCGUCUCAGCGCAAAUGAUGACUUCGAUGCUGCCCAGCUUUAACCCGCCUAUCGUCAAGCGGCUGCUGGGCUGGAAGAAGGCCGAGAGCGAGGACAAAUGGAGCGAAAAGGCCGUUAAGAGCUUGGUCAAGAAGCUGAAGAAGUCCGCGGGUCUCGAGGAGCUGGAGAAGGCCAUCACGACGCAGAGCUGCAACACCAAGUGUAUCGCUAUACCAAGUGAAAGGAAUCGCGCAUGGACGAAUCGAGUCACUGUCGUGGCGAAAAAUACAAUUUCAAGGCCUAGCCCGGGCAGUGUCGGCGACAACGGUGUCCAAGGUGUUCGUGGCAAGGGUCUACCGCACGUGAUUUAUUGUCGACUUUGGCGUUGGCCGGACUUGCAAUCGCACCACGAGCUGAAAGCGAUCGAACAUUGCGAGUACGCCUUCACCCAAAAGCGCGACGAGGUCUGCGUGAAUCCUUAUCACUAUCAACGAAUACAGACACCAGUUCUGCCGGCCAUUCUCGUGCCGCGGCACAACCUAGCCGGCGACGAGAACACCGUCCUCUACAACACCUCCCUCGAGGAGCUCAACGUCAGCGUACCGGAGAACACCAGCUUCCACGCGACGCUCAAUCAUCAGCACAAUCAGCAGCAAAACAUACCGCAAUCCCCGCAGCAACAGCAGCCAAAUAAUCCGUACCAAGGAAUGCAGAGCAUGCAGGCGACGAGUCCGGCGAGCGUCGGGAGUCUGGGAAGCGUGCAGGGCUCACCUCAUCCGGCCCCAGGAUCCAUGGAUCCUCCGGCGGACACUCCGCCACCGGGGUACAUCAGCGAGGAUGGCGACAAUAUGGACCACAACGAUAACAUGUCUCUAUCACGUCUAUCGCCCAGUCCUGUAGACGCGCAGCCAGUCAUGUAUUGCGAGCCCGCAUUUUGGUGUUCAAUUAGUUACUAUGAGCUAAACACGAGAGUGGGCGAAACGUUUCAUGCGUCGCAGCCGAGUAUAACGGUGGAUGGUUUUACCGAUCCGAGCAACUCGGAGCGUUUCUGUCUUGGUCUGCUCUCCAACGUAAAUCGCAACACAGUGGUAGAGCAGACUAGGCGACACAUCGGUAAAGGCGUCAGGUUGUACUACAUCGGCGGCGAGGUGUUUGCAGAAUGUCUGUCCGAUUCGAGCAUCUUCGUGCAGAGCCCCAACUGCAAUCAGCGUUACGGUUGGCAUCCAGCUACCGUCUGCAAAAUACCGCCAGGCUGUAAUCUGAAGAUCUUCAACAAUCAAGAGUUCGCAGCGUUGCUGUCGCAGUCAGUGUCACAGGGUUUCGAGGCGGUGUACCAGCUGACGCGUAUGUGUACGAUCCGAAUGAGCUUCGUGAAGGGCUGGGGUGCGGAGUACCGCAGACAAACAGUCACCUCGACUCCUUGCUGGAUCGAGUUGCAUUUAAACGGGCCGCUGCAGUGGCUGGACAGGGUACUCACGCAGAUGGGCUCGCCCCGCCUACCCUGUUCCUCGAUGUCCUAAGUCAUCCUUCAUCCAUUCGUACGUGAGAGAAGAGCGCGAGGAGCACUCUUCGUGCGCUAUCCUCGUCGUCGUCGUCGUGGAUCAUCAUUGUUGUCGAUCGGUUCUUCGUCCUUUCGUCGCGGUACGCGAGAGUUUAAUCCGUUGUUCAGGUUGCCUCGAACGAACACUGUACGGUGACGCGUGAUAGGAAAUGACGGGAGGCGUACGACGUCGUGCCCGACGAUUCGAUCGCUGAUGCAGACGGAGAAGAUGCAACCGGGAAGGUCUGGAGAGGAGCACUCGUUCGAGCGCAACGAUAUAUCAAGUUCUCCACCGCCGAUCCGCAGUAGUGGCUCUCUCGAGCGUCGUGCGAUCAGCCGGAAUGACCGCGGCGUGAAUACGGACCGCAAAAGGGAAGGGAGGGGGGGGGUGCGAAUUCAUGAAAAAUAUCAAUGUAGUAGAUAUAUAAAGCUUGUGUCCUACCACAGUUCAUUGUGAUUGGAGAGAGGAGAUACAGAAGACGCGCGAGGACGCGGAGAGUAACCGCGAGCCUUGCCGCUCGACGCACUUAUAUCGCGCGCAUGUGCACCGCAAUUGGCGUACAAGAUAUAUCCAGGGUGAUCAAUAAUCCGAGUUUAGUCGAUUCGUAAUAAGAAACAAAAUGAGAGUGAUAUUUAUAUACGGGGUGUCCCAGACCUAGCGCACCCAUUCAUUGACAGCAGAUUACACCGAUUAUUCGGAGAAAUAGAUUUCUUCGGAGACGUAGAUUCUUAUACCAAAACGUCGAGGCUGUAAUAGUUUUUAAAUUUCAAGCGUUUGAAGUAGCGUGGCCGAUUGGGUCAAUUAAAGCUUUCGCGCUGUGCAGGCACGAUAUGUCGCAGAUUAACGGAGCUGUAUUCUCGGAUACAUCAUUAUCCUUUUAUCGAGAUACCGCUGACAUAACUCUACGAUGUUAUCGAAAUUUGCUGUUAUUGCAAAUGCUGACAAAGUUCUGUGUUGCCGUUGACAUAAAGGUACAUCUUCAACUGACUCCAAAUAAAAUUGUCAAGAAAUUUGUGUAAAUGUUUCCUGUAAUGCCUUGUGGGCAUUUUACGCAAAAGGACCAGCCUGAAAUUUAAUAUAUCAGUCCUGUUACGUCUGUUAUUAUUGUAUAAGUGAAAUACAAGUGAAAAACAAUUAUAUACGUUUCUAUAUAAUAAUUAAAAAGUGUAAUAUACAUGAUAAAUUUAUGAUUGCGUCGUUCGAUAUGCCAACCCUCGGAAUUAAUAUUGGAUCAAUGUUGGUAAUUUCUGACUUGUAGCUGUAUUCGAAUUUUUAUUCCAACCAAAGGUAUGAAUUAAACUUACAUGCGUUAAUAAAUUAACAGCAUCUUUACGUGUAAAACACGAUUCAUCCGGAAAUAAAAUAUUAUGUAUAUUAUUAAGGCGGGUUGGUUUUGUUCUUCCUCCAGUAACUACAAGAUCUUGGGUCGGGAUACGUAAUCUUGCGACAACAAAUUUUGUACAUUUGUGAUCAUCAUACGCGCGCUAUGUUUAAGUCUAUGUUCUCUGAAACACUCUAUAUUAUACUUUUUGUAUCUGCUGGACACUACGUACUCUCAUUGUUCACGUUGUGUAAUAGUCGCAAAAGUACGGUCUUCCUGGCAAUCUUAGGUUCAGGAUAGUGCCUAACAUUUGUGCACAGCAAAACGGAUGUUUUUUUAAUAUUUGCUGUAAAUUAUUAAUAUUAUUAUAUUAUUUCUUCAUGUAUGCAAUGCAUGUUAAAGAAUGUUUUAAAUUAUUAUUACGUUUGUGUUUACUUUAAAUUAUUUGAUUUUUCUACUUGGGUUUUGUUUUUUAUACCAGUUCUCAAGAGACUAGAAAAAAUAAAAAAUAUGAAGAAAUAUUUGGAAAACAAAAAGUUUACUGCAAUAAGCAUGGAGCAAAAGACAGUAACGAGAUUUGUUUUUCCAUAAAUAUUAUAUAUAUUAGUUAUGACUUUUGAAUACAUUAAUUUCUGAUAACUUUUUGCUCACAAUUUUAUUGACGCGUUCUAUCCGUACGCCAUCAAUAAUUAAUACUGAACUCUGCAGUAGAUGUGCGAAAAUUUGUGUGAAUUAAAAAAGAUCACAUAUGAAAAGCAUCUCUGAGAGGAACUCAGAAAUCUGCUGUUGACGGAUGAUACACGAGAUCUGGGACAUCCUGUAUAUAUAUGUAUAUAUGUACCGCGUUGAACAGAGCUCAGUCUUUUACAUAUUUUUAUUGCUUAUUAAGACGGACACAACUACUGCAGUCGUACUACAGUAUACGCCAGAUCUUAUGAGAUAUAUAUAUAUAUAUAUAUAAUAUACACACAUAAUAUAUAUAUUAUGUACGUUUUACUUCACCUAGCCCGCGCCGUGGUGUGAUAUACCCGAGAAUGCGAGAGACAAAGAGAGAUUGUAAAUUCUGUGGACGGGCAAAUAUAUUUAUGAGCUAUAGUGCAAACCGACCAGGCGCAACAAUGUGUUCGUAAGAGAAUAAACUUUAACCCUUUAUUUUAAUAACCGUGCCGAACCAUGCCGAACCAUGCCGAGAGGUACCGCUUUCCUCUUCCCCCGUCAUGUCCGUUUGUUAAGGAAGGUUCUCCAGGUUUAAAUAUAAUUUAUAGAAUAUCAUAGAAUCUUGGCUUGGAUAAAGGAAUUCAUGAUACAAUUUAGUACAAGACUCAGAUUUACCAUACAGAAUCUAUUUAAUAAGCUGGUACUUACUCAGUCGAUCGAUUUACAUCCAUAGGUACACAUAAAAUUACAUCAAGAUUCGUACAUGGCUUUACCAUACAGCGAACUUUAACAUUACUUUCACGGUGGUUUGUAAUUGCCGUAUAUUAAAGUGCGAGAUACACGUGCAUAGUUUUAUUUCGCUGAUUUACAGAAGAAACGAAAAAAAUCAACGAGCAACGAGAUUUUAUUAAUCGCGAAAUUAAAUUCAGAAAAGUUUCAAAACUUUCGGUUAUUUUACUUCUCCUUUCUUAUAAUAUCCUCCGUUUCUUUGAAAACGAUCCCUUUAAUAUCUGCAUAUAUAUCUUAGAUAUUUGUAAAAAAAGGCUGAGAUUAGAAAUCAACAUUUUAUUAAAAACAAUUACCGAUCUUACAUAUACUUUGCGUCACAUAAAUAUAUCGUGAUGUACAGUGAAACAAAUAUAUAGAUCCGUACAAUGAUUCUACAAUAUUGCAUAUUUCGUGUAAUCGUGAUAGAUUUGUCAUAGCGAGUUAA